AUGGGAGCACCUAAGCAAAAGUGGACUGCAGAAGAAGAAGCAGCCCUAAAAGCUGGCGUCCUCAAGCAUGGGCCCGGAAAGUGGCGUACGAUUCUCAAGGACCCACAGUUCAGUGGAGUUUUGUAUCUAAGGUCCAAUGUUGAUCUAAAGGACAAAUGGAGGAACAUGAGUGCCAUGGCAAAUGGAUGGGGAUGUCGAGAAAGGGCCAGACUGGCAUUGAGGAGACACUCUGCCUCCAAGCCUGGAGAAAGCUCCGUCUCUCUUUCAGCAAUUAGUGAAAGUGAUGAAGAAAUGGUUGAUGUUACACGGCCACAGACUGGUUCAGGUGGUUCUUCGCCCAAUGAUUGUCCGAAGGGGUCCAUAAUGCGGUUGGAGAUUCUCAUAAUGGAGGCUAUAAACAACUUGAGGGAGCCUGGUGGUUCCAGCAAGAGAACCAUAGGAUCAUACAUAGAGGAUCAAUAUUGGGCGCCCCCAAACUUUACGAAAAUAUUGUCUGGGAAACUGAAGCAGUUGUGCUCAAUGGGAAAACUUAUCAAGAUAAAACGCAGGUUCAAAAUAGCCCCUCUGGCAGCACCAUCCCUUCCGAGACGAAUACCGUCCAAUUCGAACCUGGAGGCUAGGAGGCGUAGGAUCUCCGCCAGAGUCGGCCCUCCUGAGAAUUUCACUUUNUUGAAUGAGGACAUGGAUGAGGACUUGGAUCUGUCUGGUCUCACCCCAGCUGAGGCUGCCGCCGCUGCCGCCCGGGCCGUGGCCAAAGCCGAAGAGGCGAUGGCGGCGGCUGAGGAGGCGCUUCGUGAGGCUGAGGCAGCCGAAGCUGAGGCUGAGGCAGCUGAGGCUUAUGUGCAGGCCGCGUUGAGGACAAUGAGAGGUGGGCGGAAACACCCGUGA